UAUCACCCUCAAGUCCAAUCCCAAUUUUCAUCAUCUUUUAUAGCACACACACAAAAACUACCACUCUUUUAUGUUGUACAAAGGGAAGAGGGGAAAAAAAACCAUUAUUAACUUGCACAUGUCAACUUGAAUACUCUACUCCUUCCCAGUGACCAAAGCAGCCAUCAAACAUCUUCUCUAAUCUCUCUCUGCCCACUUCCCAGAACAAGCCCUUCAAAGUUUAUACCACCAUUAUCAAGAAAAUAGAGGGAUUGAGCAGGAGGAGGAGGGAGGGAAGGAAGGGGAAGAGAUGGGAGGGGUGACAUCAUCAAUGGCAGCAAAGUUAGCAUUUUUCCCACCAAACCCACCAACAUAUAAGAUACUCAAGGAUGAAGAAACUGGGCUGUUGCUGAUGGACCCUUUUCCCCAUAGAGAAAAUGUGGAUAUUCUGAGGCUGCCCACAAGAAGAGGGAAUGAAAUUGUGGCCCUUUAUAUUAGGUACCCAAUGGCUUCCACUACUCUGCUCUAUUCUCAUGGGAAUGCUGCUGAUGUUGGGCAGAUGUAUGAGCUCUUCAUUGAGCUCAGCAUUCAUCUCAGAGUUAAUCUUAUGGGGUAUGACUACUCAGGUUAUGGACAAUCAACUGGAAAGCCAAGUGAGCAUAAUACUUAUGCAGAUAUUGAAGCUGCAUACAAGUGUCUUGAAGAGACCUAUGGUGCUAAGCAGGAAGAUGUCAUCCUUUAUGGUCAAUCCGUUGGAAGCGGCCCUACUUUGGAUCUUGCUGCACGUUUGCCUCAGCUAAAGGCUGUUGUUCUGCAUAGUCCUAUUCUAUCUGGCUUAAGAGUUAUGUAUCCUGUGAAGCGUACAUACUGGUUUGACAUCUACAAGAAUAUUGACAAAAUACCAUUAGUGAAGUGUCCGGUUCUGGUCAUUCAUGGCACUUCUGAUGAAGUUGUUGACUGCUCUCAUGGGAAACAGCUCUGGGAACUGUGCCAAGAGAAAUAUGAGCCAUUAUGGCUCAAGGGAGGAAACCAUUGUAACCUGGAAUUAUAUCCUGAAUACAUUAGGCACCUGAAGAAGUUUGUAACCACUGUUGAAAAACCACCCUCACAGAGAAACAUUACAAGGAGAAGUAUAGACCGGCCUGAAAUUUCCAGGAAGAGUGAUUGUUUUGAGGCUCCAAGAAAAAGCACUGACCGGAGAGAAAAACCAAGGCGAAGCACUGACAAGGGGGAAAGACUGAAAUUUUACGAACACAAGCAUACAACUGAUGACAAAAUCUCAAAGUCAAGAAUAUCCUGUGAUUACAUGGAGAGAUCUCGCAGGAGCGUGGAGUAUCACGAGAAGUCUCGGAUGAGCAUUGAUCUACAGCCAGAGAAAGCGAGGAAGAGUGUGGAUUGGCUAGACAGGAUACGAGCUACAUGACUCUUUAAACCUCAUUUAGAUUUUGUAACUAGCGUCUCGAUUUGUGAGGAGUGCAUAUAGGCGAAGAAGUUGAAAAUUAAUUGGUGGUUCUGUGUUUU